UUGAUUGGCACCAAAACGCCAUCCUCUCUUUCCGAUUGAGUUGCAGCAAAAUGCUAAAUGAUGGAAAUGUGAGAAUUGAAGAGUCACUGCCGACGGUCAACUGCGCAAUCCCAAUGGAAGCCGUUGAAGUGAAUCGUAUGCAAUGACGGUUAGCCCUGUCUGAUCACCGAUAAAAUCAUCUGCGUGUCUCAUCGCAUAUUACAUCUGCGAGCAGAACUAGAACGGCUUUGUUUCUCACCUGACACACCUUGUUGUACCUUUUUUGCACGAUUUAUGCAAGUACUUAACUUGAACCAAAGAGGCUUCAUCCAGGCGAGGAGCCACACCGUGCCAAUCUAUCAUGUUGAACGACUUCCGCGAGGCCUCGGUCGCUCUCCCUUCGCAAUCGUUGCCCUCUCUUCCUUCCUUAAGCUCCCAUUCCUCCCCAAGGACAGCAGGAUCACUGGCGCAAUUAAUCGAGGCGAAAUUCUUUUCGCAAGCGGGAGAGAUCAAUUCGGAUGCAUAGCGAGAUUCGCUACGCUCAAAGGGGUGAGCGUUGAAAAAGGCUACUCCGGAACUCGCGCAAAGAUUGCUGGACAGCUCACUGGACCCGGGUGCUUUGCGACGCUGAGCAAUGAGGAGAUGAAGAGCUCGGAAAUGCGGCAGGAAAAUGAAGCUAUAAGACAAGCUACCUUGCGAAGCAUCAUCAGCGUUUCUCCCAGUGACGGCGAUUCCAUUCCAAUUGCAGGCACAGCAGAUGGAGUGGGCAUGCAGCGCAUCGUAGGCGUUGUCGCAGCCAAAAGAAGGGGAGAACAUGAAAUGGAUCGAGUUCCACACCGGCGAUGCUCUUUGAGAAACAUCACGCAGAGGCAUACUCCCCACAUAGCAGCUGGCACGAACAUUUCAAACAUGUUUAUGUCGUACUUCUGGGAGAAAUGCGCGGCGUGUACGAUCGCGGACGACGAUGAGAAUCGUUUGCAAGAACGCCUCGGAAGGGCGGAUGGGCCUAAGGCGCCUAGGGGGGACACUUGUCUGGUGCGUGCUGAUUACCCAUACCGUUGGCCCGCUGAUGCGGCUUACCUCGUCUACCUCGGAGAGCAGGACUCGGAACGAAACCCACUUGGUAUUCCUUCGUCCUCAAACCUUAUCGAGCAGCUCCGAGAGUUGGCACGCACGCUUUCAUUCGUGCCAUGGAAAUGCUCUUCGACAAUUAUUGCAGAGUUGAAGCUUUCACACAGCUGA